AGCCACGCAGCCGGUUUUAUUGUUUGCGGAGUCUUGCGGCUCUGAGCGAGCGCUUCCCAGACGGGAAGGAGGGCAAGUGGGCGGUUUAUGAUUCUGCCCUGUGCUGGGGCGAGUGAGCUGAGCUCUUUGAUUUCUCCCAAGUAACCGUGUGGGUGAACUGUAAACUGGGUGCCUGGCUUGACCCUGAAUCUUUUUCUCUAGGGUGAGGAGUGACUUCUUUCUGCAACCGACAGCUGGCUUUCUGCCUUGGUGGGGAAAGAUGCCCGGGAGAGGAGUAGGAUUACAAUUUGGGAUGCUAGAGACACACCAAAGAGUCGGAGUGCCUUGGCUUUGUGUUUUGCAAAGUCCUGACAAGUGUGCCUGAAAUGAACACCCUGCUUCGGUUUUUAAAUUAUACUUUUAUUCAUCUGUUAUUUUUUGGCCGUGGAUAUCACUGAUCUAGAAACGGAGUCCACAGUGUGGCUAGGGUAAAACAUUUGUGUUUUCUUUCUUAACCCCACCUUUCCCCUUUCUUUGUAAUUGGGUAACACAGAAGCCGUCUUUUUGGGUAAUGCUAUGCCUGACUGUCAACGUUGUCUAAGUGGGAAAUAGCAGGCGCCUGGAGAGGACCUGGGCCAAUGUGAAAGACCCAGCGUUUUCUUUGCUGGGCCGUUCUUUGUCUCUAGUCGAUUUUGAAAAGAAGAUGAAAAAGGAAGGCUCUUCAGGUUCCUUCAGACUCAAGCCGAAUGCAGGUUCUCUCUCACGUGCUGUGAGUUGGAUAAAUUUCUCCUCCUUGUCCAGGCAGACAAAGAGGCUGUUUCGCAGUGAUGGAGAGCUCUCGGUUUGUGGGCAGCAGGUGGAAGUGGAUGACGAAAACUGGAUAUGCAGAGCCCAGCCCAGAAAAGCGGUUUCCAAUCUAGAUGAGGAGAGCCGAUGGACAGUCCACUACACUGCCCCAUGGCACCAGCAGGAGAAUGUGUUUCUUCCCACCACAAGACCCCCCUGUGUUGAGGACCUGCACCGCCAAGCCAAGCUCAACCUCAAAUCCGUAUUGAGGGAAUGUGAUAAGUUGCGGCAUGAUGGCUACCGGAGUUCUCAGUACUACUCUCAGGGACCCACCUUUGCAGCCAACGCCAGCCCCCUCUGUGAUGAUUACCAAGACGAAGAUGAAGAAACAGAUCAAAAGUGUUCUCUCUCUUCAUCAGAAGAAGAAAGAUUUAUUUCCAUCAGGAGACCUAAAACACCAACCUCAAAUGACUUCUCCGACCUUAAUACUCAGACGAACUGGACCAAGUCGCUUCCACUGCCAACACCAGAAGAGAAGAUGCGACAGCAAGCCCAAACAGUCCAGGCUGAUGUGGUGCCUAUUAACAUAACUGGGGAGAAUUUUGAUCGCCAGGCCAGCCUUCGGCGGUCUCUAAUUUACACAGACACUCUGGUAAGACGACCGAAGAAAGUCAAAAGGAGAAAGACUAUUACAGGAGUCCCUGACAACAUACAGAAGGAGCUAGCAUCGGGCAUUAGCCAAGAUGAUGUUGGAGGCCACUCGGUAUACACUCCCGAUCACUACUCGACGCUGGGAAGGUUUGAUAACUAUCGGUUUGCUGGGCAGCGCUCAGAAACCAGGGACUCCAGCUGUCAGACGGAGGACAUGAAGGUCGUACCACCUUCCAUGAGGAGAAUCAGGGCACAGAAGGGGCAAGGCAUUGCUGCCCAGAUGGGCCACUUCUCAGGUUCCUCUGGCAACAUGUCUGUGCUGAGCGAUUCUGCAGGGAUCGUAUUCCCUUCCCGCCUCAACAAUGAUGCUGGCUUCCACAGUCUUCCACGUUCUGGAGCAAGGGCGAACAUUCAGUCUCUUGAGCCGAGGCUGGGUCCUCUGGGCCCCGCAGGAGAUAUGGAUGGCACUUUCCCCUGCCAGAGAGGUCACCCACAAGCAGAUGAAACCUUAGGCCAUUUAGGAGGUUCCUCAAGAACUGGAACACUUUUGAGACCCAAAUCCCAGGAGCUGAGGCACUUCGAGAGUGAAAAUGUCACGAGCCCAGCAUGUGUGGUUUCUCCUCAUGCAGCCUACUCCACCAGCAUCAUCCCAAAUGCCACACUGUCUUCCUCUUCCGAGGUUAUCGCUAUUCACACUGCUCUGAGCGCGGGGCAGCUGGAAAGUAGAAGUUCCAGCUCAUUGCAUGCAAAGAUAAAAUCCAGAGACCACCUAAUCUCCAGGCAUGCUGUGAAAGAUGAUUAUCAGUCUCCUGGUCGCCACUGGAAUGAGGGUCACACCACCAUUCUUUCACAGGCCUUAGACCCUCAUUCCUCUGGGGCACCCACACUGUUGUCCCUCUGUGACUCGGCAGUCUCUCUAAAUGCUCCAGCAAACAGGGAGAAUAGGUCCCAAGCCAUGCCAUAUAAUUGUAGAAACAACCUGGCCUUCCCAGCCCACCCCCAAGAUGUGGAUGGCAAGAGUGAAUCUAGUUAUUCAGGGGGUGGAGGGCACAGCAGCUCAGAGCCCUGGGAAUACAAAGCCUCAGGUAACGGAAGGGCAUCGCCCCUGAAGUCACAUUUAGCAACUCCUGGCUACUCCACUCCCACAAGUAACAUGAGCAGCUGCAGUUUGGACCAAACAUCCAACAAAGAGGAUGCUGGUUCACUGUAUUCCGAGGACCACGAUGGCUGCUGCACAUCUCUGCACACUGACUCUGGACAUGGGUCUGGGAAUCUGUGCAAUAGCAGUGAUGGCUUUGGGAACCCCAGGCACAGCGUGGUCAAUGUUUUUGAUGGAAGAGCUCAGAAAAACCAGGGGGACCGAUCCAAUUACCAGGAUAAAUCCCUGUCAAGAAGCAUCUCUUUGAAGAAAGCAAAGAAGCCUCCCCUGCCACCCUCCCGGACAGACUCCCUCCGCAGGAUUCCCAAGAAGAGCAGCCAGUCCAAUGGGCAGGUGCUCAGCGAGAGCCUGAUCGCCACACUCCAGCACUCGCUGCAGCUGAGCCUCCCAGGCAAGGGUGGCAGCUCUCCCUCCCAGAGCCCCUGCAGUGACUUGGAAGAGCCCUGGCUACCCCGCUCCCGGAGCCAGAGCACAGUCAGUGCUGGCAGCAGCUUGACUUCUGCCACCACCCCCAAUGUCUACUCCCUGUGUGGGGUGACACCAUCGCAGAGUGACACGAGCAGCGUCAAGUCAGAGUACACGGACCCCUGGGGUUACUACAUUGACUACACGGGCGUGCAGGAAGAUCCGGGGAACCCAGCAGGGGGCUGUUCAACCAGCAGCGGGGCGCCCACUGGGAACGGGCCAGUCCGUCAUGUCCAAGAAGGGUCCAGAGCCACAAUGCCCCAAGUGCCCAGUGCUUCAGUCAAACCAAAGAUCAUGUCACCGGAGAAGUCACACAGAGUCAUUUCUCCAUCCAGUGGGUAUUCCAGCCAGUCAAAUACACCCACAGCACUCACCCCUGUGCCUAUGUUUUUAAAAUCAAUGUCACCAGCAAAUGGGAAGGGGAAGCCCAAGCCCAAGGUUCCAGAAAGGAAGUCCUCUCUGAUAUCUUCAAUAUCCAUUUCAUCGUCGUCCACUUCUCUUUCCUCUAAUACUUCUAACGAAGGAAGUGGCACUAUGAAGAGGCUGGAUCCAGCCGUGGGCUCUCCCCUGGCUCCUCCUCCUCCCGUUCCCUCUCCUCCAUCCCCUUGUCCUACAGACAGGUCUCCCUUCCUUCCUCCGCCACCUCCUGUUUCAGACUGUUCCCAGGGCCCUCCUCUGCCUCACUCUCCUGUGUUCCCCCCUCCCCCGCCAGAAGCUCUCACUGCUUUCUGCUCCCCACCUCAUUGGUGCCUUUCUCCUCCCCCCACUGCACUGAGCCCCCUUCUUCCAGAUUCACCUGUGUCCUUGCCAUUGCCCCCACCUUCCUUACCUUCCUCGGAGCCCCCACCCGCCCCACCUCUUGACCCCAAAUUCAUGAAAGACACCAGGCCUUCUUUCACAAAUUCUGGCCAGCCAGAGUCCUCCCGGGGAUCCUUGAGGCCGCCUUCUACCAAGGAGGAGACCAGCAGGCCCCCCAUGCCCCUGAUAACCACGGAAGCAUUGCAAAUGGUGCAGUUGAGGCCCGUGAGAAAGAACUCGGGCGCCGAGGCAGCACCAUUGUCUGAACCAACAGCUCAGGAACAACGAACUCCGGUCGCUCCACAGUACCACUUAAAGCCAUCUGCUUUCCUGAAAUCCCGAAAUAGCACAAAUGAAAUGGAGAGUGAAAGCCAGUCUGCCUCUGUGACAAGCUCGCUUCCGACGCCUGCCAAGAGCUCGAGUCAGGGUGACCAUGGCAGUGCGGCCGAGCGCAGCAGCCUUGGACCUCCGAGCGCUGGGGAGGCAGAGGCUCGGCCCAGCCCCAGCACCGCCCCGCUACCAGACUCUUCACCCAGCAGGAAGCCACCCCCCAUUUCCAAGAAGCCCAAACUGUUCCUGGUGGUACCACCUCCGCAGAAAGAUUUUGCAGCGGAGCCCGCAGAGAACGUGAGCGAAGCCCUCCGAGCCGCGCCCAGCCCCACGAGGGGAGAGGAGGGCUCUGUGUACAGCAAAGAGGCAAAAGAGAGUUCUGCAGCCCAAGCUGUCUCUCAUGCCACGCACCCUGGCACCUCAGUUCUUGAGGGAGGAGCUGCAGGAUCCGUGUCCCCCGGCAGAGUGGAAGCCAAUGUCCCCAUGGUACAGCCCAAUGUCUCACCGGCUCCCAAGCAGGAAGAGCCAGCCAAGAAUAGUGCAGAUGCUGGGGGCGAUGGGGAGAGCUGCCUGCCUCAACAGGACGGAGCAGCUGGGGUGCCAGAGGCCAGCGCAGCCUGUCCAUCCUCGGAGGCCUGUGACUUCCUCAAGGAAGACGGGAGUGAUGAGGUGAUGACCCCCAGUCGACCCAGGACCACAGAAGACCUUUUUGCAGCUAUUCACAGAUCCAAAAGGAAAGUCCUCGGCCGUAGAGAUUCAGAUGAUGACCACUCCCGAAACCAUUCUCCCUCCCCGCCAGUGACACCCACCGGCGCUGCCCCGAGCCUGGCCUCUCCAAAACAAGUGGGAUCCAUUCAGAGAAGCAUCCGAAAGAGCAGCACCAGCAGUGACAACUUCAAAGCUCUGCUGCUAAAAAAGGGCAGUCGUUCAGACACCAGUGCCCGCAUGUCUGCAGCAGAGAUGCUCAAGAACACUGACCCCAGAUUCCAGAGGUCAAGGUCGGAGCCUUCGCCAGACGCCCCCGAGAGCCCGUCAAGCUGCUCCCCAAGCAAGAACAGAAGGGCACAGGAGGAGUGGGCCAAGAACGAAGGCUUGAUGCCUCGGAGUCUGUCCUUUUCCGGCCCCAGGUACGGCCGCAGUCGAACGCCGCCUUCUGCCGCCAGCAGCAGGUACAGCCUGCGGAACCGGAUCCAGAGCAGCCCCAUGACCGUCAUCUCGGAGGGAGAAGGGGAGGCCAUGGAGCCUGUGGACAGCAGAGCCUGCGGGGCCCUGGGCGCUGCGGAGGGAUGUUCCCUGGACGGACUGGCGAGGGAGGAGAUGGACGAGGGCGGCCUGCUCUGUGGGGAGGGGCCUGCCGUCUCCCUGCAGCCCCCGGCCCUCCGCCCCGUGGAUGGGACAGCCGGUGCAGAGGGCAGAGUGCCCUCCCCGCAGUGUGGCGGUUCUCUGAGCGAGGAGAGUUAGGGCCAGGAUCAUGACUCUCCCAGGUGACACGGGGGGGUGGGGAGAUGAGCUAUGCAGCACUCUAGGAAGCCUGCCAGGCGCCCUCCCUGGCUCGCCCUGGGAUGUCAACCUGCGUCUGUGCUGUGGGCCCCGGCGUGGCCUGCCCUGCAGUGUGAGUGAAAGUUAUUUAGGACUCACUUGGCACUUGCCCUGUGGCUUAAGAGCAAGUAGAAGCUUAAACUGCUGAAAGUGCUUCCUGGGGAAGAUUUUUUUUUUUUUCCUUAAAUGCUGGGGGUGUGUGUGUGCAUUUUCAACACUUUUUAAUUUUUAAAAAUACACAUAUACGCAAACAACAUGUACAGAAAUAGAAGAAAGCAAGCCAGAGUUAAGCUUGGUAGAGUAACGGAGUCCUCUGGACCAGGCGGUAAUUGCUUUCAAAGCAUUACCUUUAUGGAAAUUGGCGAGCUCCGUAAGAAAGGAGAGGAUGUUACUUCUAAGAAAGGCGGUAGAGUUGCUGGUUGUUAAUGCACAGAACACACGGAUAUAUGCUCACGUGUGCUGCUGAGGGGAGGCAGGUCGUGCUGAGCAGAGAGAAGCUGGGAAGAGGCCGAGUGACUAAUUGGUUCAGGUACUUUUUUCUGGGGGAGGUAGACUUUUUGGUGAAAAUGUCAAACAUGUAGAAGUGGCAACGCCGCAACCUGGUGCCUGCUGCUGUGCAGCCACAUACACACAAUUGUAGCCUGAUUUUUAGAAGUGUGGGUAAUUUUUUAAUGAAUUUCCUCAAGUAGCAGCUGAGAACUGAAGUGGUGGUGUGGACAUCAGAGAGGGGCAGACUUGGAGAGGAAUAAGUGAUACACUGCUGGAAUUUGUUUCCUGCCCAUGAAAUAAAAUUAUUUUUCAGAAUUAAAUUUGAAAACUUGCACUACAGAACUAUGGGUGGAACUUUUCCUUUUACAACAGUUUUUUUGUUUUGUUUUGUUUUUUAACCAGAGUUUAAACUUUCAUUAGGCAAUUUCCUGUCACUUGAAAUGUCAACAUUUGCUAACUUUUGGAUAUCCUUUUGGGAACACCAAAGAAAAAGUUAUGGUUAUUUUUUUCCCUUGAACUGCCUACAGUAUCAUGUCCUAAUUCACAAAGAUUUGUCAAAAUCUAUGAUCUUACUUUGAAGAAAAUGUUGAAUAGCUCUUGUUAGUCAAAUAAACUGAUAAAAAUUGGUAGGGCUCGGCUAUCAAUUAGCCCUGGGAAAUGAAUUUUUAGAUUAAAAAGAUUUUUUUGCAUCAUUUGGUUUGUGCAUUUUUAUAUUUGUUUAUAAAUAACUGAGUUGCUAAUUAUCUUCUGAGCUUCUCCGAUCAGAUUUUCCAACAAUUUUAGACAUGGAACAAAAGUGUUCGAAGUCUUUAUUUUCAUGUCAAUCUUAUUGCCCCCACCCUUACUCCCUUAACUUCCAUGUACUUAGAGUCCUUUAUUUGUUAAAUAAGCCAGAGUCUUGUCUUCUUCCUUAGAAGGACCUAGGAUGACAAUGUGGAGAUUCUUGGUCUGAAUCUAGUGCAACUACCACCUGCCAUCUUUUGGGGGUAUGAAUAUAGUAUCUAAAAGUUGGAUUGCGCAGGCCAAAUCAUUAUGAGACUUAUAAACGAAAACUUCAGAUACCCAUUAGAAAUGUCUUUGAGGCAAAAACACACCUAAAGAAUGAAGACCCCAUCUCUGAAGAAAACAAAACACCGCUCUUCACACAACCAGAAAUCAAGACCAGAGAUUUGGAGCAAUUGUCUACUAAUUUGGCACAAAGCUUGUUUGUUCUUUAGAAAAGUGGCGUUGGCUUUUGAAUAUGAAAUCUUCUCAUAGCUGCCUAAAAAAGACUAGCAUAUCAGAAAUCUUUAAUACAUAAUUUAUGCAAAGAUAAAGCAACAUAACACUAAUUAUAAAACUUUUUAAAUCCCCAUUUUUAAUGAAAAAUAUACAUUCGUAUUUAAAUUUGCUUUGAAUAAAACAAUUGUAAAGUAAA